AUGGUGCCAUAUUUAAGUCUCCGAAAUGUACAUUUGCGGCUUCAACAAUAUAAAGAAAAUGAAGCUAUAUUCGGCGGAGUAAAUGUUUUACUUUUUGGAGAUCUUAUGCAGUUGCCUCCAUUGUCUAAGGUUUCUGGGGGAUCUUAUUGCUUUCGUCAACCAGAAAGGUUAUCUGCUGAAAUUAAUCUUUGGAAUUUAUUCAGUUUUUGUGAGUUGCCCCAAGAUAUGAGGCAAGCUGGAGAUACAACUUUUGUGGAUAUAUUAAACAGUCUUCGUGUUGGAGAACUUACAAUGCAGCAGUUAUCUAUCAUAGAAAACCGCAGAGUACCGUUGAUAGGGCUAUUUGACGAUGAAGAAGCUGUCAGAAUUUUCCCAACAACUAGACUGGUUGAUGCAUAUAACGCGACUAUGACAGAAAAGUUAGGAAAGCUCACAAAAGUAUACACCGUUAGUGCUGUAGACAUCUCAUUGGAUCCUAAAACAUAUGGUCAAAAACGACGAGAGGAAUACUUACCUGAAGAUCCCAAUAAAACAGGUGGUAUACCAAACCAACUCAAAUUAGGUGUACGCUCUCGAGCCAUGCUAAGACGGAACAUCAAUGUUAACCAUGGGCUGGUUAACGGUGCUAUGGGUGUUAUCCGACGAAUAGAUUGGCCAGCACUACGCAGAGAGCAGUUGGAGCCGGGAGAACUGCCACAAGCAGUAUUUGUGGAGUUCGAUGACCCAAAUAUAACAGGGAACCGACCUGGUAUUGGAGUCCGGAUAGAGCCUUGUGCUACAGAAUUUGAUGCUUUACGUGGUAAAGGCAAGAUCGAGCGACGAAUGCUUCCCUUAAUUUUAUGCUGGGCAGUGACGGUGCAUAAAUUACAGGGCACAACUUUAGACCGAGCAGUUGUAGAUUUAAGUAGAAUCUUAUUUGCAAAAGGUCAAGCUUACGUUGCUUUGAGCAGAGUUAAGACUCUCUCCGGACUUGCUAUUAGUUCUCUUGACCCUAACAAAUUUCUUAAUCAACCCCACGACAUAAACUCAUUCAAGGAAUUAAUCCGGUUACGUAAUCUUAACUAA